UAAAGAUUCGUUUAAAAUGAACGAAUCGUUCAAGAACGACCCUUCUCUAGUUCUCAGUGCGAAGGGAGUCCUGUGAAGAUGAGUAACGUUACUCGGUGAGGAUGGACACACAGCAAAUCCUGCGACUCUUGUUCGUUUUAUCAGGACUGACCGGGGCGUGUGAUGCUCUGUUGUGUAACUGCAGCACACAACCGUGUGAGAAGGAUGGGUAUAAGUGCGAGACCACGGGGGCGUGCAUGGCCUCCACCUCAGUCAUUGAAGGACAGGAGCAGCAUGUGCGGCUCUGCAUCAAGAAAGAGGACCUGGUUCCUCCGGGACAGCCGUUCUACUGCCUCAGCGCCGAGGGACUGAUGAACACACACUGUUGUUACUCUGAUUACUGCAAUAGCAUCGACCUCAGAUUACCAACCGUGACUCACGGAGCGGGCUCAGGGCAGGACUGGGGGCCGGUGGAGCUCACUGCUGUGGUGGUGGGGCCGGUGUUUGUGGUGUGUGUGCUGGUUCUGCUGGGUCUCUUCCUCUUCCAUCAUCACCAGCGAGCUUACGGUCACCGGCAGAGACUGGAGGUAGAGGAUCCCAGCACUGAACACAUGUUCCCGGCCAAGGACAAGAACUUACAGGACUUCAUCUACGACCUCUCCACCUCAGGAUCAGGGUCGGGUCUGCCGCUGUUCGUCCAGAGGACCGUGGCUCGUACCAUAGUGCUGCAGGAGAUCAUCGGUAAAGGCCGCUUUGGGGAGGUGUGGAGGGGGAAGUGGAGAGGAGGAGACGUCGCGGUGAAGAUCUUCUCCUCUCGUGAGGAGCGCUCCUGGUUUCGUGAAGCUGAGAUCUACCAGACCAUCAUGCUCCGCCACGAGAACAUCCUGGGCUUCAUUGCAGCCGACAACAAAGAUAAUGGCACAUGGACUCAGUUGUGGUUGGUGUCAGACUAUCAUGAGAAUGGAUCCCUGUUCGACUAUCUGAACCGAUAUUCAGUCAGCAUCGAGGGCAUGAUCAAACUAGCGCUGUCGGCUGCUAGCGGCCUAGCGCAUCUGCACAUGGAGAUACUGGGCACUCAGGGGAAGCCUGGCAUCGCUCACCGUGACCUGAAGUCCAAGAACAUCCUGGUGAAGAAAAACUGCACAUGUGCCAUCGCUGAUCUGGGGCUGGCGGUUCGUCACGAGUCCAUCACUGACACCAUCGAUAUCGCCCCCAACCAGCGCGUCGGCACUAAGAGGUACAUGGCACCUGAGGUUCUGGAAGAGACUAUUAACAUGCAUCACUUCGACUCGUUUAAAUGCGCAGACAUCUACGCUCUGGGACUCGUGUACUGGGAAAUCGCUCGCCGCUGCAAUGCAGGAGGUAUUCAUGAAGAGUACCAGCUUCCCUACUAUGACCUGGUGCCCUCUGACCCGUCCAUAGAGGAGAUGAGGAAAGUGGUGUGUGAUCAGAGGUUACGACCCAACAUCCCCAACUGGUGGCAGAGCUAUGAGGCGUUGCGUGUGAUGGGGAAGAUCAUGCGGGAGUGCUGGUACACUAACAGUGCUGCGCGACUGACGGCUCUCCGCAUCAAGAAAACCCUGUCUCAGCUCAGCGUGGACGAAGACAUGAAAAUCUGAGUCCAACACUACCUUCUGCCAGACGUGUGUCCCCUCUGAACUAUCCUGCCAGUUCAAAAGUAUUUCUGUCCUACCUCACCCCAACGCCAAAACUACUGAACCAUCGCCCCCCAGCAGCCCUCUGUGCUGUCCUCCUCCUCUCUACAUCUCCCACUACCGCUCCGCUCCAGCUCAUGUGACUUUAAAGACUCUAUUCAAAUCAGUGUCACCCCAAAGAUCAGUUUUCCAACAUAUGUAACCAGUUUCCACUGGCUUGUUGCGUUCAUUUACCUUGGUUAACUCACUAUGUGUGAUACACAGCCUCCAGUUCAGAGGUGAUUAUGUCUGGGUUCAACUGGAAACACAGCGAUUUGGUGCAAGAUGGCACUCUGACUCCGUUCAUUACCACGUCAAAGCUGUUAGCAAAACAACCUUAUUUGCACUUUAUUCCGGAGGUUUUGUGAGCGUGAAGUGGCACACACACGUCUAAUCUUACUACUGAAUGGUACGGAGAUAUCUAUUUAUUUUAGCUUGUAGAUCCUUCAUACUUCCUUAUUUUUUUAUCGCCGUUAGAUGUCCUCCUCUCCUCCAUGUCCAAACAAAGCUACUGUACAUAGUAUAUUUUUUAAGAGUAUGGAAAUGUAAAUAGCUGACCCUUUUUUUAAUUUCCAGUCGCUUUGACUAAGCUAAAGGUUUGAUCGUGUUUUGACAUCCAGGAACAUCAGAGAUGUGAAGCUGUACUGGUUAGUUUUGUUAGAGUUUGUUUUUCAUAGCUGAAGCUGUGUUUUGCGUUACACUGUAGCAUUAAAUGACACUGAAAUGAUGCACAUUUUUUAGCUGAGGAGUGUUAGGAUUGUUUUGUAUGGACUUUUAGCUCUUGUUUUUAAGGAAUAAUUCAUGCAAACAUAAGAAUGCUCAUCAUUUAUUACCAUCAUGUUGCUCCAACCCUUUUAUAUAUAUAUAUAUAUAUAUAUAUAUAUAUACUGUAAAACACAAAAGGAGAUAUUGAGCAGAAUGUGCAAGCUGCACUCAAGAAGCUCACCAAAAAGGAUCAGUAUGACUUUAAGCUUUAUUCAGAGUCAUCUGAAUUCAUAUGAACUACAUCUAUUAUACUUUGUCUUAUUUUGGAGCAUAGAAUUCAUGCAGUUUUAUUGUAAAUCAAAAGGUUGCAUGAACUUGUCCAGCGCGAGAAAGAAAGCAAUGCAGGUUUGGAGCAACCUGAUUGUGAAUAAUGACAGGGUUUUAAUUUUUGCAUUAACUCCACAUCACGACACGAUUCUAGGAAAUCGAUCCGAUUCUUCUUCAUGCACUGGGUCUGUAUUGAGAAGAACGACUUGAAAAUGUAACUUGACUUGAAAAGUUUGGUGUUGAAGUGCACUGCUUCAUUCACACUGUAUUUAUGACUCCUCUCAUACUCCAUGGAUAAAUACUACUGCCCUUCUGUCCCUCUCCGCUUAAUAUGCAAGAUGUAAAUAUUGUUUCUAUAAUGUAUGACCUUUUUUAUUAAUCAGAUUUAAUUCAGUAGACCGUUUGUUUUUAAUGUGUUUUCAUUCAGGUGUAUUUGUAUAGCGCUUUUAAGGGUAGGUUUUGAAGCAGCUGUACAAGGGUUUUAGUCUCUGGUCUUUUAUUCGAUUUUUUGAUUUUAUCUCCCAGUUUCACUGGAUUGAUGUCUAGAGUCUGUGUUUUGACAAUCUGAAGAAGUGUUGUUACUCUCCUUCAUCCAUUCGCAACAAUUAAAUCACCUUUCACUAUUAAAAUGUCCAGAAAAGCCAAAAAGAUUAUUGCAUAUAGUUGGAAGAACAUGCUUUCAUUUAUUUUCAUGUUGUUUAGACCCAAAAUGACAAGCUAUGAUGUGAAAUGCAUUUGUUACACUGGAUUGACACUACUGCGUAAUAUUAGACGACUGACACACGUCAGCUGCUGAUUGAGAAAUCGGUGUGUAUCUUAUGGGAAAUCUUCUUGAAUUUCGGGUUUGAUCUGUAUUUGUUUCUACUGUGGCGUUCAGUUUGUACACAUGUUGAUCGCUGUUGGCAGGAUUUAGGCUUUUUAAACAUCUGCUCUCUCUCUGGCUGCAGUGAGACAUCCGUCGCCUGGUUAAUUAUAAGAGCUAAACGACGGCCACAGUGUGAUUUACGGCUGUGCAAACGGUUUGAGUCUGGGUUUAGCAUAAUGAGGUUUCCUCAAACCUCUGAUGUCACAGCAGAACCGUGUAGUCGGAGUGCAUUUCCCAAAUCUACACGGAGAGAGACUUUUCAGGAAUUUCAGUUUCCAUUCAUGUACAUGGGUAAUUAUUAAAUGGUAAUAAAUACAGAUUUUCCUACA